CGCCAUGGCACCUGAAAACGACGGCCAGCAGGGCGCUGUGGCUCCGCCGGACAGCGCAGCCGACGCUGGCGCGCAGGCGCCAGGCUCAGGGAACGCUGCGGAUGGAGAGACCGCCACGGACGUGCCUCGGCGGCACCAGCUGCUGGCACGCUACUCUCAUGAAAGCGUUCAAGACUCCUGAUAAAACGCGUGUGGGGAUUCCAACCCGGUCACGGAUCAUAUGCGGAUGCCCCGUGUCGCCACCAAGACGCAUACUUCGCCGCAGCAGGCAGUGGUCGGUCGUGGGAGGCGGAGCCGCCACCGCGCAGCCGCCUCGACAGAUGAUCGUGCUGCGGGGCCUGGUGGCGCUGGCCGCUUUCCUGGCGGCCGCCUCGUUCCUGCUGAGCGCCAUGUUCCUGGCACAGUCGCUACGCUCCGAGCACACCCGCCAUCUGCAGAAGGUGGCCGUCGCCCCGCCGGUGCCCAUGCAGGCCCCGGUGCCAUACAUGCCACCUGCUCAAGAAGCCAACGCGGAGGCCGUCCACGAGAAACGGCACAAGCGGCGUCGCAGCCGGCGCAGGCGGUUGCCUCCGGAGCUGCGGGGGCCUGUGCCCGGUGCGCGUCAGCGCGAGGACAAUGAGGCGGGCGACGCCGAAGAAGCUAGCCUCGCCUGAGUGGCUUUACCGGUGGCCACGGGCGCCUUCACGGGCUCUGCAAGCUGAGAAGACCGAAACGCUCAGCGCGUCCCAUGCGCUGCCUUCGCGCGGUGGUGCGGAAACUUUUGCGGUGCUCUGAAAACGUCCGUCGCUGAACUUGCGCACCAAUUCGCGGGCGCGUAAACGGAAACAUUAAGCGCUACGCCGACGGCCCGCGAGUCUAGCUGGACGCUCUAAAAGAACGCUUGGCUUGGUAUCCCCCCCGACAUGUAACAAAGCGUAUCCUACA